AUGCUGCGGGAGGUGCUGCUUGCGCUUCUGGGCCAUGCGGGCGACGUCAUUGCGCCCGGACCCGACGGGGUGCUCCGGGUCGUCCCUGGCCUGCCCUUCCUGCACCCGUCCGAGGCAGCUGCUGUGGACAGGCUGGUGGUUAUGGGCAGCCACUAUGCGUCUCUGAACGGAUACUCUGGCCGUGUUCAUGCAGCCGAGGGCGCUCGCGACCAUUCGUUGCUGGUCUCGGCCUUUGCUGCAGGUGUGGACGAGGUGCUGGAUAGAUACCGCGCUCACGUGCUCGCGGCAGAGAAGGCGGUCAUCGCCGAUCAGGGCAUGACCCUCGCUCAUCUGACGGUCCACUUUGCGGCAGAGGCUCUGACUCUUCCGGCGCUUGCCGGCCUGGCUGCCGUUGUCCACGACCAGCGGCUGGUGGGCGGCCGGCUGCUCGAGGCGGUGUACGAGGCGUCGGUGUCGGGCAUUCCCGAGGUGGCCGACAUGUUUUCUGGCGUCCUCGCCGCCCUUCAUCGUUGCCUGCUGGGCUUGAUGAAGGCAUGGAUGGUUGACGGCGUGCUGGACGAUCCGGCGAGCGAGUGGUUCGUGGCGCCAGGCAGCGCACAGACUGUCGACGGUGAUGACGACGGUGCCUCGGUCCUCACAAACUGGAACUCAUCGUUUACGCUCCGAGUCGACGGGAUUCCCAGCUACUUGCCGGCGACGCUGGCGGAAAAGGUGUUGUUUGCCGGCAAGGCCGUCCAGGUCCUCCGCGCCAUCCGCCGCCGCAAGGCUCUCGCCGCGCUGCUCGGUGAGUCGUCGGCGGCGUCGGCGUUCCCGCUGCUGCCGUCGGACGCGCGGAGCGUCGACGCGGUGGUAGCCGGCAGCAGCAGCGGCUCUGCUACUGCUGGCAACCAGCCGGCGCAAGCCUUUCGGCUGCUGAGCGAUGCCGAGCUGGAGCGGUUUGCUCUCGCGCUGGACGAGCUCGCGCUCGCGCGGACCUUUAAGCUCAGCGCGUUCAAGGCAACGGUAGAGGACAUCCGCACGGUGCUGGCGGGACAUCUCUUUGACCUCAUUGUCCACGAGGCGGAUUUGCUCGGCCACAUCGGCGCCCUCAAGAACUACUUUCUGCUCGGCCGCGGCGAGCUCUACCACUCGUUCCUGGCGGAUGGGCACGAGGUGUUGGCGUCGCCGGUCUCGCCGCUCGGAGCGCACGAGCUGCGGGCCAUCUACGUCCAGGCCGGAGCCAAGUCGUCGGCCGACGGUGACCACUUCUUCGAGCAUGUGAGCCUGGCGGUCGAGCUCGGCGACGAUGAGGCCGCUCGUGGCGGGGGCGGUGAGGGCGGGCCGGACGCGGCGUGGCGGGCGGCGCUGAGCCUGCACUACGAUGUGCCAUCGCCUGUCCAUCUCGUGCUGGAUGAGCAGUCCAUGGCGCUGUACGGCCAGCUCUUCUCAUUCCUCCUCGCCGUCAAGCGAGUCCAGCUGGCGCUGCAAGGAGCGUGGAUGCCACAGAUGCGGCACAAGAACAUGGCUCGGCUGAUCGGGAGCUCAGCGCCGGUGCAACGAGUGUGGAUGACACGGGCGCGCAUGGCGUUUUUGAUUGACAACUUGCAAUACUACCUCCAGGCUGAUGUGCUCGAGGCGCAGCACUCGGUGCUGGUGCAAGCCGUCGAGGCCUCGCGCGACUUUGAGGCCGUCAAGGCUGCCCACACGCGAUACAUCAACAACCUCGUUGCGCUCGCCUUUCUUCGCAUCAAGCCGGUAUACUCGACGCUCCUGCAGCUCUUUGACACUUGCAUUCAGUACGCGCGGCUGCUGAUGACGGCAGCGUCGAGCUCCGCGGCGGCCGGGGCCGGCAUUCCGGCCUCGCGCGAGGCGGCGCUCUCCAAGGCCUUUGAUCGCCAGUCACACUUUCUCUUCACCGUCCUCUCGGGCGUCAAGCAAGUCCACGCCGCGCCUCAUCUCGCACAGCUUCUGCUCCGCAUCGACUUUAACCGGCAUUUCUCGUCGGCCAUGCCGUAGCAGUCACGAUGCCCAGCCCGCGGCCGCGAGUUGGUGUAGUAAAGACCGCCGGCUCGA